GCCUCAGUGUCAUUGUCCGUAUUUGCUUGGGGGUUUUAUGCAUCACAGCACAGCAUGCCUAUCUUAUCCACCCUUCGUAUAUAAGUAUGUUAGGUCCAAGUAUACCAAUUAAUCCUCUCAGCUCAGACUAGCUCGAAUCUAUCACUGCAAAUUGUAUUUGUGCUAUGAGCAACGUAGGAGUCCUUUCGCGCGACUUGAAGUAUGCUUGACCUUUUCAGUUCACAGGUGAAUAAGGAAGACCUUGCAGAACAUCCUCUUCCCGAAGCCCUUCGUCCCACGUCCCUUGCACUGAGAGUACUCUGUUUUCUGGCACUUGGACGCCCAGAUUUUGAUGAUCAUUGGACAUCGCUGCAAUCAGAGAGAGGCUUCGAAACCGUUAGGACCAGGUUGUGCUCUGGGCUAACCAGCACUUUCAUCACGGCAAGUAUCCUCGCUGUCAGUGGUGUCUUCAUCAGUACGGCCUCUCCUGUGCCAUACUUUGGCAAUCCAUCACCCGUUUCCUAUUGUCUGGACUUUAUUUCACUCAUGUUGGCUAUGAUCGUGAUGUUGACGUCCGGCUCGAGCAUCAUUAGUCGUCUACACAGCGAUCGGCACUGGAUUCAAGAACAACUCAAGCGAGGCAGCUACUUCGUCUUGUUCUAUCUGUUGUCAAUAGUCACGCCUGAAUUCUUUGUUCUCUGCUCCCUGAAUUGUUUCAUAUUUUCGAUGUUGAUAACCGGCUUUUCUUCUCAAAUCAUGACCUGCCGUGCCGUCACUGCGUUCUGCCUAGUCGCGUAUGUCAUCAGGAUUGGUAUGAUACUGAGGCGAGCUAUGCGUAGGUAUGCGACUUUGGACUCUGGCAGCCCGCUUCGACUAUGAUACCCUUUUUUUUCAUUUGUCAUCUCGGACUAGACUUGUGACCAGCCUGGCUCGUACCAUAGACGGGUCGAGUGGCGUAGCCAGGCUGGAUCUUGGAGAAGUUUGACAGGCCAAGCACGGAGUUGUAGGUGCCUGUCGAAGUAGCAGUGCUUAUAUGUACUAGUUCUAUGCGCUCAGACGCUCAUUAUGCAAUUCAUAAAUUGUUAUCACCGACUAC